GUUCCGCCGCUAAAGCUGGCUUCCGAAGCCCCUGCCGGCCACAAGCGCACACGGACCCACGACGUGAAGAACGACGAGGACAACGGCGCGAGGGCUAAGCGACACAAAGGAGGUGGUUCCGCUCUGGGCGGGCAGUCCUCCUCUUCCCCGGAACCUGUUCAGGAAGACGAAACGGAUAUGAAGAUACUCAAAUCGGACUCGGUGGCUGGAGGGUCUGCCUCGAAUGGCCACAAUAUGGGGUCGCAGAAUGGACAUGAGAAUCAUACGGUGCAGUUGAAGACUCCUAGGCAGGAGGAGCUGGUGCGGUUGAUGGUUCAGUCACUGCAAGAUAUGGGCUUGAGUGAGUCCGCCAAAACGCUUCAGAAAGAGUCUGGUCGCAGUCUGGAAACUCCAACUGUUACGGAUUUCCGCCACGGAGUCCUUUAUGGCGACUGGGAGACGGUCGAGAGGCUGUUAUCAUCGCUGGAGAUCAGGAAUCGGGAUAUCGAGACCGUAAAGUUCUUAAUUCGAGAGCAAAAAUACCUGGAACUCGUUGAGAAACAAGAUAUGGCGAAAGCGCUGCAUGUUUUACGGCACGAAUUAGGGCCUCUCAAUUUAAAUACGGAGCGAGUGCAUGAGCUGUCGAGUUUCAUAAUGUGUCCGAACGCAGAAUCGCUCAGAGUGCGAGCGCAAUGGGACGGAGCAGAGGGUCUCUCGAGAGCGUCGCUUUUAAAUACACUGCAAGCAUAUAUGCCAUCGGCAACAAUGAUACCACCUCACCGCCUAGACGUUCUCCUCGACCAGGCCGUCCAGCUGCAGAAAAUGAAUUGUCUCUAUCACAACGUCGACGAGGACGAUACCACGCUCUACGUCGAUCAUUGCUGCAGCAGGCAACGCUUCCCGUGUAACACAACGCAUAUUUUUGAUGAGCAUACCGACGAGGUGUGGUUUAUCGCCUUUUCGCAUAAUGGAAACUAUUUGGCGUCGGCGUCGAGGGAUACAAGGGUGGCGAUAUGGAGCUUGCAGGAAUGGUCACUAAUGCAUACGCUCUGCGGCCAUACGAAAGCCGUGACCUAUCUCGCAUGGAGCCCCGACGACACAAAGCUACUAACUGCAUCAAGUGAUACUUAUCUGCGUCUAUGGAAUGUCACGACCGGCGAAUGCCCAAUCGAAUACUCGCGCCACACCGACGGCGUCACCGCAUGCGCAUGGCUGCCAGACGGCCAACGCUUCGUCUCCGCCAGUGUAGAUAAGAACAUAUAUCUAUGGAACAUCGAGGGCGAUAUACUCCACAAAUGGGCGGGGAUACGGGUCAUGGAUCUUACGGUCAGCAGGGAUGGGGCCGUAAUGCUUGCUGUGUAUGAGAAGCAUUUGAGGAUGUAUACUUUGGAGGAUAAGGCUGAGACGGGGUUGAUAACGGAAAGCGAUUGCAUCACGUCGGUUGCGAUCGCGGAAGAUGGGCAUCACGUGUUGGUUAAUCUGUCGAACGAGGAAGUCCAUCUGUGGGAUCUCCGUCAAAAGCGCCUCGUACGCAAAUACGUCGGGAAUAAGCAAGGCCGGUUCGUCAUCAGAUCAUGCCUUGGUGGUCUGCACGACAACUUCAUUCUAAGUGGGAGCGAAGAUUGCAAGAUAUACGUAUGGCAUAGAGAUAAAGGUGUCCUAAUCGAAGAGCUCACCGGGCACACAGGCUGCGUCAACGCGGUAUGCUGGAACCCCAAGCGCAACAUGUUUGCCUCGGCAUCGGACGAUCAUACGAUUCGCAUAUGGGGUUGAAAUUGUCCGUCCCGGUGUCUAGGGAUAACGUCAUUUAAUCAGUUGUG